AGGAGUUCGGCCCGUUUCCGGCGGACACGAUGCGGGAGUGGUUUCAGCAGGGCUUCUUCCCCAUCGGCGAGGAGCUCCAAGUGAGGCUAGCCACGUGGCCACAGCACGUUGCCCUUCGCGUGAUCUACCCAGAGGUGAGCAGGGCGUUCAUCGGGCCGCCGCGUCUCCAGCAGCCCCCCGGCCCCCACCACCGCGGCGGUGCCGGCGGCCCGCCCCUGGAUAGCUACGGCGGCGGCUUCGACGCCCCCCGGCCACCGUACGGUUGGAUGGGGAUGCCCCCCGCCGGCCCGGGCUACCCUGGUCUGCCCGUGCCCGACCCCGCCUACAGCUACCCUGGCGCGAUGCCUCCUGGCCCCGGGCACGGUGGCAUGCCUCAGCCACGGCGCG